AUGCAGCAGAGGAAUGCAGCAGAGGAAUGCAGCAGAGGAAUGCAGCAGAGGAAUGCAGCAGAGGAAUGCAGCAGAGGAAUGCAGCAGAGGAAUGCAGCAGAGGAAUGCAGCAGAGGAAUGCAGCAGAGGAAUGCAGCAGAGGAAUGCAGCAGAGGAAUGCAGCAGAGGAAUGCAGCAGAGGAAUGCAGCAGAGGAAUGCAGCAGAGGAAUGCAGCAGAGGAAUGCAGCAGAGGAAUGCAGCAGAGGAAUGCAGCAGAGGAAUGCAGCAGAGGAAUGCAGCAGAGGAAUGCAGCAGAGGAAUGCAGCAGAGGAAUGCAGCAGAGGAAUGCAGCAGAGGAAUGCAGCAGAGGAAUGCAGCAGAGGAAUGCAGCAGAGGAAUGCAGCAGAGGAAUGCAGCAGAGGAAUGCAGCAGAGGAAUGCAGCAGAGGAAUGCAGCAGAGGAAUGCAGCAGAGGAAUGCAGCAGAGGAAUGCAGCAGAGGAAUGCAGCAGAGGAAUGCAGCAGAGGAAUGCAGCAGAGGAAUGCAGCAGAGGAAUGCAGCAGAGGAAUGCAGCAGAGGAAUGCAGCAGAGGAAUGCAGCAGAGGAAUGCAGCAGAGGAAUGCAGCAGAGGAAUGCAGCAGAGGAAUGCAGCAGAGGAAUGCAGCAGAGGAAUGCAGCAGAGGAAUGCAGCAGAGGAAUGCAGCAGAGGAAUGCAGCAGAGGAAUGCAGCAGAGGAAUGCAGCAGAGGAAUGCAGCAGAGGAAUGCAGCAGAGGAAUGCAGCAGAGGAAUGCAGCAGAGGAAUGCAGCAGAGGAAUGCAGCAGAGGAAUGCAGCAGAGGAAUGCAGCAGAGGAAUGCAGCAGAGGAAUGCAGCAGAGGAAUGCAGCAGAGGAAUGCAGCAGAGGAAUGCAGCAGAGGAAUGCAGCAGAGGAAUGCAGCAGAGGAAUGCAGCAGAGGAAUGCAGCAGAGGAAAGGAUGA